AUGGCGAAAAGCAGACAAAAGAUCAACAACACACGAGCAGCCCGGCGAGGCGCUUCGCCGAGUGUGGACAUCGAUCGGUCCUUGACGAAUUUACCUCGAGUCGAAACCUCGUCGUCUGCACAAUCGCCUUCGCUGUCAAUUGAUCGGUUGAAUGCGGGAAUCUCAAAGAAAAAGAAGGAUAACAAGCGCUUAACGAAAGCACAACGUCUGCGACAGCAGAAGGGCAUGGAAAGGGCAGAAGCAGUGAUGGAUCAGCUUGAAACGAAAAAGGCGAAGAGCAUCAACCGGGCGAGGACGAUCCACGAAAGAAGGGCGGACUGGGCGGAUAUGAACAAGAAGUCUGCGGCACUCUUAGCUCUUCAACAGGAUCAGGACGUCGGACCAAAUGAGGAGGAAGAUGACGAUGAUGUCAGCGACAACAAUGGCGAUGCAAUGGCAACAGAGCCAAUCGAGCCAAGCCAGUCCAUGAUGAAAAGUAUAUUUGCGCCUCCGCCCGGGACCGCCGUGGCUGCUGCUGCCGCCGUCGCCGCUCCUGCCGUUUCUACAAGCGCGGCCAAGCCCGCACCCACCGACGAAUUCGACGAGAUCACUUGA